UAAACCUUUCGCCGCUUUUGGUCCAUCGACACAGAUCCAACAGGGGAAAGCUCGAUUCGGGCUUUCUUCGCGUCUCCGAGUGCGGUAUUCCCUCCACUGCAGCGUCUUCUGGCGUCGUCAAUACAUGGCGGCUAGGUUUUGGAGGAGCCCCGCUAGGAAUGAGUUGCUCAAUAAGUUCAAGUUCGCGGAUGGCAGCGCGACGAGGCGACUCAGCACAGCUCAUGGCGCCGCUGGCGGCCCGAAGCCAGCACACUUGUCGAAGAAGGGAAGAUUAUUAACUGGAGCAAUGAUAGGUUUGGUUAUAGCUGGAGGAGCUUAUGUUAGUACCAUAGAUGAAGCCACAUAUUGUGGGUGGUUAUUCAAAGCUACUAGGAUUGUCAACCCUUUCUUUGCACUGCUAGAUGCGGAACUUGCUCAUCGUCUUGCAGUGUCUGCUGCUGCUCAUGGUUUUGUUCCUCGUGAAAAACGUCCUGAUCCUGCAAUAUUAGGAGUUGAUGUAUGGGGUCGAAGGUUUACAAAUCCCAUUGGUUUAGCUGCUGGUUUUGAUAAAAAUGCAGAAGCAGUUGAAAGUUUAUUAGGAUUAGGGUUUGGAUUUGUUGAAGUUGGCUCAGUCACCCCAAUGCCACAAGAUGGUAAUCCCAAGCCACGUAUUUUCAGAUUGCCAAAGGAGGGUGCCAUUAUAAAUCGCUGUGGGUUUAAUAGCGAGGGGAUUGUGGUGGUUGCAAAGCGUCUUGGUGCGCAGCAUGGUAAGAGGAAAAUGGAAGAAACUUCAAGCACUUCACCCUCAUUAGGUGAAGAAGGCAAGCAUGGAGGAAAAGCUGGUCCUGGCAUUUUGGGUGUCAAUCUUGGCAAGAACAAGACAAGUGAAGAUGCAGCUUCUGAUUAUGUUCAAGGUGUUCAUACGUUAUCACAGUAUGCUGACUACUUGGUUAUAAACAUUUCUUCACCCAAUACUCCUGGUCUUCGCAAACUUCAGGGAAGAAAACAGCUAAAGGAUCUUGUUAGAAAGGUGCAAGCUGCUCGCGAUGAGAUGCAGUGGGCAGAGGAUGGCCCACCGCCCUUAGUAGUAAAAAUUGCUCCAGACUUGUCUAAAGAAGAUCUCGAGGAUAUUGCUGCUGUUGCCCUUGCUCUGCACAUUGAUGGACUGAUCAUAUCAAAUACGACAGUCUCCAGGCCAGAGCCAGUAAAUAGUCACCCGUUAGCAGGAGAACCUGGUGGAUUAAGUGGAAAGCCACUCUUUGAGAUGUCCACCAACAUUCUCAAGGAAAUGUAUAUUCUUACCCUGGGAAAGAUUCCGCUCAUUGGCGUUGGGGGCAUAAGCAGCGGUGAAGAUGCGUACAAGAAGAUUCGUUCUGGAGCGACACUAGUCCAGUUGUAUACAGCUUUUGCUUACGGUGGACCAGCAUUAAUUCCAGAAAUAAAGGCUGAACUGGCCGAGUGCUUAAAACGAGAUGGUUUCAAAUCUACACAAGAAGCAGUUGGUGCAGAUUGUAAAUGACUACCAGAAUUCCUCAACUACAUGAUUUUCAUCUUGAAUGUGAUUUGCAGAUCUCAAACACAUCCAAUUCAUUUUUGAUCUUUUAAACCAGCAAUCUUAACCUUAUCUCAACCAGAUUGAAGUUAUUAUAUUGCCUCCAAAGGAAUAACAUCCCCUUGCUAUUUGCUGUUGCUAGCACAAUGUUUAUAUUUAUGUCAGCCUGCCAUGAAAUUUAGCUGCCGCCCGCCGCUGCUGAGCUUUUCAUAAGCAGAGGAUUCAAAUUUUGUAAUGCUUCUUUUCACAAUCAUUUAGUAGGUAAUAAAGAACUUAUUUCUCCUUGCACUAGAUCUUGACUGUCAUCAUUUUUAUCAUAAUCCUAUUUGUUACUUGGAUUGAGUUGCCAAUUGUAAGUGAUGCUAGAGUUUAUAUAUUAUCAUUCAGAGUCUCUUGAUA